ACAGAGCGUGCACUCUACAUUGGCGGUAACAUUCCCCAAAGCCCGCUUAAGAUGGGGGAAAACGUAAAAGUUAUUGUGCGCUGUCGGCCCAUGAAUCGAAAGGAAAUUGACAACAAGUCAGAUAGUAUUGUGGAAAUUGGCGACUACGCUGUGUCUGUGGUCAAUCCCUUGGCUCGAACUGGUCCAAGGAAAUCAUUUACAUUUGACAGCGUGUAUGAUGGUCUAUCAAAAACCGAGACAAUCUACAAUGAUAUGUGCUACUCCUUGGUUGAAAGCACCUUGGAGGGCUAUAACGGAACAAUUUUUGCAUAUGGCCAGACUGGAUGUGGCAAAACACACACAAUGCAGGGAGAAGGAUAUUCGGACGCUGCGGAAAACAAUGGAAUCAUACAAAGGUGUUUCGAUCAUAUAUUUGAAACGAUCUCCAUAGCGACGAGCGUUAGGUACCUGGCCUUGGUCAGCUAUUUGGAGAUUUACAAUGAAAAUAUCAGAGACCUCUUGAGUGCAAACGAGCCAAAUAGCCUUAGAAACCAUCCGCUUAAAGAUGUGCCAGGCGUAGGCGUCACAGUUCCCACACUAACUACUCAGGCUGUUAUGAAUGCAAUGGAUUGUUAUAACUGGUUGAGUGUGGGUAACAAGAACCGCAUUACCGGAGCCACAUUGAUGAACGAGAAGAGUUCACGAUCACAUACUAUAUUCACAAUAAGUCUCGAACAAAUUCAAGAAUCCUCUUCAGACAAUACAACAACCCCGUCGGAUCAAACUAUCGGCGGCAUACGUCGAGGCAAAUUAAACCUAGUCGAUCUGGCUGGCUCCGAAAGGCAGUCGAAAACGGGCGCUUUUGGCGACCGAUUGAAAGAGGCGACAAAGAUCAAUUUGUCACUCUCAGCACUGGGAAAUGUCAUAUCAGCACUUGUCGAUGGCAAAACAAAGCAUGUGCCAUACAGGGACUCGAAGCUAACGCGGCUCCUACAGGAUUCGUUGGGAGGCAACACAAAAACCCUAAUGGUAGCCUGCAUCUCGCCAGCUGAUAGCAACUACGACGAGACGCUGUCGACGCUGCGAUACGCGUGUCGGGCAAAGAAUAUAUCGAAUGUGCCCACAAUAAACGAGGACCCCAAAGAUGCCCAGCUGCGACAAUACCAGGAAGAGAUCCUCAACUUGAAGCGAAUGCUCGAUGAAAGCCAGCAGCACGAAAGUGCUGUGCAUUACAAGUUUGUUGAGGACAAUAAUAAAGAGAGGGAAUUAUGGCUGGAGGAGGCAAGAUCACAGAUGCGCCAGCAGAUGAUGGCUGAGAUGAGUUACCUUAAGGAAACACCUGGCGAGGCGGCUAAAACUGAACACGCUGUUCCACAGGAACAGGAACCGGAACAGGAGCGGGAAGAUUUGCAGUUGCAUGCCCGAAAACGAAUUGAUUUGAUAAAACAUGCUCUGAUCGGCGGCGAAAGAGUUGACGAUCUGCAAUUGCGAGAGCGUCACAGGAUGCGCAAAUUGGAAGCCAAGCGUCAUCUGAGCGCCAUCGCCCGUGCCCUGGGCAGAGUGGAGAGCGAGGAUCGUGAUCUGUUGCAGGGCCAUUAUGCUAGCAUUCAGCAGGAAAUCAACAUUAAAAACGAGAGGAUUAAGAAGUGCAGCCAAAAGAUCAAAAUGCUUGAAAGAGAAGUGGCCGAUCUAAAUUCCGAGUUUCAGUUGGAUCGAGAGGAUUACUUGGAUGAGAUUCGUUAUUUGGGUCGAAAUCUAAAAUUUUAUCAGCUUCUCAUACACAAAGCGCAGCCUAUUCUUCGAAAAAGCGGCAGAAAUUGGAAUCCAGAACAAAUUUUGGAGAAUUCGUUUUGGAAUGAUGAUCUCAAAACCUGGAAAUUACCCAAUGAUAUUGAAAAUAAUUUAAAAUUACCUCCUGCCGAUCUUAGAGUGGGAUUUCAGAAAAGAAAUGUUUUUGAAAGCAAGGAAUUGAAUCCACAUUUAGGAACUCCGGAUGAAACAGACUCUACAGAAUCUAAUGAUAGUACUCUUAUUGCUAAGGAAACACCGGAAACGUAUAAGAUAAAUAUACUGAAGAAUUACUUUCGGCCAAAUCGCAAGAUCAACGAUCAAUGGCUUCAACGAACUAAAAGCUCCCAAGCAUAUAUCCAUGAUUUUAAACUUCGCAGAAAUACUCCUCUACCGAUUAAUGAGCUACAAUCAUCCUUUCUUUAUAAAAAUUCACAUUUUAAACAUGAUUAUGCAGACUUUCCAAAUAAAAAGGCUUGGAACGAUACGUCUGAUUAAAUAAUUCAAGCUGAAAUGCUAUCAACUAUUUUGUACAAUUUUAAUAAAAAAAAACAUCUCGAAUUACAAUAAACCUACUGCAAAAUAAUGUGAAAUUUG